AUGUCCUACUGCGGAGACCUCUGCCUGCCCUGCGGCAGCUCCUGCGAGCUGCCCUGCCCCCAGCCCUGGGCCAACGCCUGCAAUGAGCUGUGUGUGACCUCCUGCAACGCCUCCAGAGCCGUCAUUUAUCCACCUCCUGUGGUCCUGACCUUCCCAGGGCCGGUCCUCAGCUCCUGCCCCCAGGAGAGCGUGGUGGGCAGCUGCGCCCCGCCGGGCUCCGGGCGCCCCUUUGGCUCCGGGGGCUGCCUGGGUGCCAGGGGCUAUGGCAACGCUGUUGGCUUGAGGGGCUCCAUCCUGUUUGGGGGCUCAGGGGGUUAUGGGGGUGCAGGCAGCUCCAGCAGGCUUUACAGCUCCGGGUGCUCAUCCCUGGGCAGGGGCAGCUGCAGCCCCUACCCCUACCGCCGGUUCAGCAGCUACAGCCAAGGGAGCUGCGGCCCCUGCUGA